AUGACAUCCAGCUCAGCGCAAGCGGUACCGAGGAGGAGGGCCAGACCCGUCCGGACGCUUCGGCCGGAACGCAGAGCGGAGCUUCUUGAGCUGCCUCCUGCUCAGACAGACCUGGUUCCAGAGGAGCUGCUGGUCAGUCUUGCCUCCACGCUCCGCACCAGUGACCAGUUGGGACCAGUUCAUCACAAACACAGCAAGGGUUCAGGGGUCAGACGUCCAGACACUGUAUGGCAUCAUGCGCAUGGCCGCCACAAAUACAAGCAUUUCCUGGAACAGCCCCCAUCGCUGAGAGGAGCGGGCAGGGACAUCUCCUUCCUUUGUGACGCCAUGGCAACCCAGAGGAGGAGGAAGUCCCUCCCACCCCUGUCAGAGCAGGGCAACGACUGCAUGAAACAGAGGGGGGGUCUGGUAGAGAGUCUGAUUCCAGCAGAAUAUCACCUGGUGAGAAACAGAGGACUGAAGAGCCUGGCACUGUAUGACAAUAAGUUCACGGUUCAGCUGAUGGAUGACGACCAGAGAUUCCGAGUUUUCCCUUCGCUGAAGCCCAGUGGUCGUCAGGAGGCAGUACAGUUGAUGACAGUGAUGGACGACAUGCUGGAGAAAGCCGGAGUCAAACAGCAUUCUGACCAACUCACCGACCUCUGUCAGAUGCAGGGUCUGGUGGAGUUGCUGCAGGUGGAGCAGAACAUUUACAACAUUGUCUUUCAUGAGGUGAUCCGACAGGUCAGCGUGGAGUGUGCCGAGAGAGGAGCACUGCUGGCCAAGCUCAGACAGCAAUACAUGGCUCUGUUGGACCGAAUCCCCCGGCAGCUGAAGAAUUUGCAUGCAGAAGGCCUGGCCCAGAGAGCACUGGACCGCAGGCUCACUGAGGAGAUCAUCCACCUGAAACACUUCAUUCAGCAGCUCAACACCAAGCUGUCUGAGAUCAGAGACCAUAAUGACUUUGUCUCGGUGAAGGCUGGGCAGGUUCAGGAGCAGCUGGUUCGGUCUGUGGAUCAGGCCCAGAAGAACACUCAGCUGGUCCAGGAGUACCACCAACUGUACGAGAUGCAGCGACACCGUCUGGAGGCUCAGGUUGGGAGGCUGACCAAUGAGAGAGAUCUCUGGAAGAAAGUCACCUACAGCCUCACUCUGAAGGUGAUCAGUCUGAAGAAACUGCAGUUGGUGAACAGACUCCAUAUCAGCGAGAAGACCUGGACCAAGACAGCAGAACACCUUACAGUCCUACUGUCUGCCCAGGAUUCUGAAGACCUGAGUGAGAUCAUGCAGCUGAUGGACCAGUGGAAGGAUCAGCUGACUGCCUUCAUGUCGCAGCUGAGGGAGACUGAGCGUGCUCAGUGUGAGCAGAUCUGCUCCAUCCAGGCGGGCGUGGCCAAGUGGUUGAGUGUCUGCAGCAGUGGCAGCAGGAGUCUAGACACAAACUACCAGACUUUUUCAGAAGAAGACAUUCAUGCUGACUUGAAGGAGUGGUCCAAUACCCUGACCAUCCAGUGUGAGCGUUAUGGCGGGGAGGAGCUCCUUUCCUGCCACGAAACGCUUAGUGCGUUGCGGAGCCUCCAGAAGAGCUGGGCAGAGGUAGGGCUCCAGCUGUUCAGGAGGCACCUUACCGCAGGCGGAGAGCCCCCUGGUGGGCAGGAGGCCAUGCAGAAGCUGGGCAGGGCUGUCUCUGAGCUUCACCAGCAGCUGGACACACGGGUCAGCGGGGAGAGCGGGAUCCACAAACGGAUCAUGGCUCUGGUCCGGCCCAUGGACUCCUGGGUGAAUAAGCUGAGGACAGUGAUUGGCCGGCCGGGCAGCAUGCUUGUUUCUGACUGGCUGAAGCUUGAGAGAGAUCUCCAAGGUUGGCAGAAUCUGACUGAGGAUGUCCUGCAGAACAUCUCCAACUCACAACUAGAGAAGGAGAAGAUCAAAAACCGGAAACACAACAAGAUAGCGAUGGAGGAUGUGUUUGACACCAUGAGGGAAUUUAACAGCAGUCAGUCCAACUUCUUUGACAGUGAGAACACCCGAAUCAGAGAAGAGGUGAGUUCUAUCAAUACGGCGCUGACCUGCUGGAUGGUAGACCUGCUAUUUCUACUGGUACCAAACCACAGCGAGGACCAGGAACAGGUUCUGCUGGAGGGCCCAGGGCCCGAGCAUCUCCUCACUGAGCUCUCUGUGGAGAAGCUUGAGGAGGAUGCCAGAACGCUGUCCCAGACACUGGACCGCUUCUCCAAGUCCAUCACCAGCUCCUGUCAGCUGAUCCUGGAAGAGCAGAUCCAGAAACAGCAGAGAGAGGAUGCAACUGAUAGCACAGUCCAUCAAAACAACAUGUUACAGAGGAUGUGUGCUGACUGGGUGGAGUCCUGUCUUCUCCUGCUGUCAGAAUUGAAGGGCAGUCCUGUAGAGCUGUCUGUCAACCAGCCUGGUCCCGUCUCCUCCCCUGACAUCCCGCCCUCCACUCAGCCUGGUGCCCCCUCCAUCCCGCCCUCCCAAACAACCUGUGUGGAGUCUGUGGUGGAGGUGAAGGUGACAGCAGAGCCUGAUGAAGAGGAGGAGAUCAGAGAUGAGACCCUGACAGAGCAUUCAGAGGGGAAGCUGGUGGGCCAGGAGGAGGAAGAGGAGGAAGAGGAGAAGGAGGAGGAGGCGGGGUCACAGGCAGGCCCUGUCAUGGAGCUGAUUGGUUACGACGGACACAUCACAGAGAAGACCCUGGGCGAGAGCAGAGUUCAGCUGGAAGGGACUAAGGAGCUGGUUGUGAGUCCUUCUACUGAGCAUGCUCAGACUGCCUUUGACAUGCUGACCAACGUGGUGGUGCUGCAGAGAGAACUGCAAGCUGCAGAGGCCCAGAUCCAGAAUGCUGAGGAUCGGGCCCUCAAGGCAGAGGAGGCCCUGCAGGGAGCUCUAGUUCAAAUCCAGGAUUUAAAACGACGACUGCGGGGCCGGCCCAGUCCUGAGCCCAAAGGGAGCGCCAUCUAGAACCAACGAGGCAUUCAUUAUACCAA